GGGAGCUGAAGCUGGAUGGGAGGACGGAGAAGGAGCUGGAGGAGACCCACUGUUUCCUGACUGCUGACAUCAUCAAGGUGUUUAUUUGUCUAAAUACUCAGACUUACUGCAGGUCAAUCCUUUUAACCCUGGAGUCAUGGGAGAGAUCAUCAUAUUCAAGGUCAUCAAGGGUAAAGUAAAGAGCAUCUAUGAUAACAUGUCUAAGAACCUUUUGGACCCCACACCCAAGUUUGACAGCCAUUUAUCCAAGAAUGCCAGCAUAGUCACAUCUCUCACCUCCUAUAGAGCCUAUGAGCUCACUCAGCAAUACUUCUAUGAGUAUGACUUUGAUGAGCUGAAGACUCGGCCGAGGCAUGUGUGCCCCUAUGCAGUGGUCUCUUUCCAGUUCAAAGGCAAAGAUGCUCCGUUGCAAGCCAAGCCCAUGGCUCCCCUAAGGUCAAACAGCCAAACAUCUGCAGGAAGUAAAGGCAGGAGUAAAUAUACAGUGUGGAGUGGAGAGCUUGUGAAUGAGGGUAGAGCAGUGUCCCAGGUCUCCAUCUGUUCCUUCUCUCCCCCCUUCCUGCCAUUCAAACUGCCAGAGAAGCUGGAGCUGGGUCUGGUGAUGAGUAUGGACCAGGUAACUCAGAUGAUCCCCUCAGCUCUGUUCUCCUUGAACCUGUACGCAGGCAGCCACCAAGGUACCUUUUUUCAUUCUUACUUGUGA